AUGCCGCUACCGGGAAGUCAGCUGGAAGAGACGUUUACAUCGACCGAUGAAGAUGUAAAAUCGAUCCUCAACAGUAUAAUCAAGUCAAAUUUGAACGAUGAAGUAAACAGAAAGUUGAUUAUAAGCAAUAUUAACAAACUUUUAUGUAAUUCUACUAGUAGACACCACGGUUUGGAGUUAUUGCGUGUUGUUUUACCCGCGUGUCCCCAAUAUUCGUCGGAAUAUUCGUUAAAAUGGGUCAGUAUGUGCCUCAUACAGCAACCCUUCGAUAUGCAUAAAGAAGAGAAAUUAUUUACAUUGGCUGAAAUCAUAAAGUAUGCCCCUAAGGACCAAGAAUUCAAUAAAAAGUUUGUUGGGGAAUUAUUACCAAAAAUCAUUGACUCUUGCAUUUUGCAUACAUUAAAUAAUGUAUAUGAAGUUGAGGCAGCUUUAACCUGCCUAAUUGAAUGCAUGGAUUCCUACUCCAGCUCAAUUCUACCAUACAAAAACAAAAUAGAAGUAUUUAUGUUGAAAAUAUUGGAUUCCGAUUGUCAAUACACAGUAGAAAAAGCAGCACAUUCGUUCUUACUACUUCAACAAGUGGGGGGUGCAGGUGUAGAUGGCAUAAAUCACAUAAUGAAUUUUUCUGUGCAUUUACGAAAAUUGUGUGCAACCAUACAUGGUUUAUAUGAUUUGUUUUUCGAGAAUGUUACUGAGAUUGAGAAUAUUCAGGCUGUUGAAGAAAUUGCUUUUAUUUUUGACGAUGUGGCCCAUAAUACACAGAAAAUGAUGCAUGUUAUUGCAAGGAGGUUGAAUAAUUGUCUUAUUUAUCUUAUGACAAUGAUUCAGGAUAGAUUCUCUGUUGUAAAAGAAACUAGACCCAAAGAAUUAUUGGAUGUAAUACUAAGAGGUUUGUCUGUGCAUUUUUGUGUCUCAAAGUCUGAGGUGCCGAUUAAUACUUACCAUUUAAAUGUAUUGUUAAAUAGUAUACAGAUUCAACUUUUGGAUAUGCUGAGAAUUUGUAUUGAUUGGUAUCAAACUCAUUUGCUGCCCUUUACUGUAACAAUUUCCAAGUUGAUUGUAGAUGCUCUUAAUAGGAUUCAGAGUUGUGAUUGUUACACUGUGGCAUAUAAAGAAUCAGUGUAUAAAGCUCUUACAACUUGGCUUGAAGUAUCAAAAUGCUCAAUAACCGAGACAUAUUUAAACCAGAUAAUUCAAUGUAUUUUAAAUGAUAUUCAGCCGGCUAAAACACAAGUUAAACUAACUAUGAACACUCCAGGUUUGUCAGCAAAGGCCAAAGCUAAAGCAGUUAAUGAGAAAAUUAUUGCCAGUGGAGAAAAGUCGAAAAAUCAGUUGUUAACCACUGAAGAGAUAGAAACUUCAGAAAAUACCUGCAAACUUGCACUGAACGCCUUAAAAUAUGUUUUUAAAAGCUCAGCAGUCAAUAUUAAAGAAAAUCAUUUACACAAAAUCUACUCUACCAUUUACAAAUCUUUGCUAAACAUCCAAUCAAACAAAAUAGUCCACCCAUACCAAAACAGUGUCUGUCAAAUUAUGCUGUAUAAGGCGAUUGUCUCUUUUUAUGAACAUGAAACAAUGGCAGCAUUGCCUCCCAUACAUCUCACCAUUGAACUUUUAAGCAGGGGUGCAAAUGCCCAAAACAGGUUUAUUGCAAGAAUAUGCGAAAAAGGCCUAAACACACUGGAAAAAAUUUGUCAACCAGUAUGCCCCUCACUCUACCUACAAAUACCAACACAAAAAAGUCAAAACGGGGAAAUACGAAAAUCCCCGGAUAGGGAAAUCACAGAAAUGGAGGAAGAUAGGAAUGGUUUUGUGAAUGAUAUUGAAAAUGAAGUUUCUCCAGAUAUCCCCAAAAAUGAUGAAAGUGACUUGAAAAUUGUUAUACUUAGUAACGAGGUUAUACAGCCACCUUUACCUAUUCUUGUUGGAUCACAAGAGAGUUUGAGAAAUGAUUCAGAAAAAUCCCAUUACACUGAUUGCAUUAGCCCAGUUGUUGAACUGAGUGAUGAAGAAAACGAAGUGCAGAUUAUUGAAGAUUCUCCUUGUGAAACUCCAGUUCCAGCUUCACCAGUUAAAACAACUGAAAUAUCCCAAGAAACAGAUGAACCACCCUCAAAAAAAUCCAAAUCCGAGCCACCUGAAGACAUUGAGGUUAUGGAUGACAAUUUUGUUGAUAUUGUAGCGGAAUAUUAA